AUGCUCAAAUACAUCUUGCUUCUCCUUAUUCCACAUGUCUGCUGGGCUUCUACGCCCCCGCGCCGUCCACGUUGCAGAUACGGAGACCCUUGCUGGCCUGAUUGGCAGACAUGGCAAAAAUUUAACAACAGUAUCUCAGGCCGUCUUGUGCGGACCUUUCCCUCAGCAGCUGUUUGCCACCAAGAGCACUUUGACGCCGAAGGUUGCAAACAGGCAAGACAGGAAUGGGACAAUAGUUUUUGGAGAACUAAUCAGUCUGGGGCAUAUACGGCCAUCGUAUGGGAGCUGGGCAACCAGCAGUGCUUCAUCGACUCAUCAAGCACUACACCGUGCCAACCGGGGUUUGUUCCACAUUACUCUGUGGCGGCGACAACUGUGGCAGACAUCGAAGCUGCAAUCAAAUUCGCCAACGAGAAGCAUCUAUACCUUGUGGUGAAGAAUACUGGUCAUGACCAUCUCGGGCGGUCGAGUGGUCGAGGCUCUUUCUCUAUAUGGACUCAUAACUUGAAAGGAAGACAAUGGACAGACAGCUACAUCGUCGAGGGAGCUCCUGCAGGGAGCCAUGGUGUUCCUGCCGUUACACUGCAAGCAGGGGAGCAGUGGCUAGAUGUGUAUCGGGCUGCGUCUGAACAGCGGGUUAUCGUGGUUGGCGGUCAUGCAAGGACAGUUGGUGCUGCCGGAGGAUGGUUGACUGGGGGCGGUCACUCUGCCUGGUCCAAUCUCUAUGGUCUGGGCGUUGAUAAUGUAUUGGAUGUCAAAUUGGUCAACGCACAGGGAAAACAUGUGACUGUCAAUCAGUAUACUGAUGCCGACUACUUCUAUGCCUUGCGUGGCGGAGGAGGAAGCGCAUGGGGUGUCAUAACCUCGGUGACUUAUCGAACUCACCCCGAACCAACCCAUAUUCAGGUUGCGGCAAUACAGAUCAAUGCUACAACCAAUUCGACCCUUCGUCCGGUCCUAGAAGGCUCCCUCGGUGCAUUGGUGAACAUGACAGACGCCGGUUAUACAGGCUACGGGUACCUCACCAAUGGCUUUUCCGGCCUGUUCAUUCGACCUGGAGGUACCGAAGCAGAGUUGUCUGAAGGUUCCACUGCCUUUCAGCGACUUGGACAGAUUGAUGGCGCGAACUUCGCCAUGGUCACCUUCAGUUUUCCUCGCUGGAUCGACUACUGCAAUGUAUUUCUUCAGGAUCCAAAUAUCGCCAUGAACGUUAUGGAUUCAUCUCGACUUCUUACUCCGGAUAUGGCAUUUAACAAGUCAGGUGAGAUCAUCGACAUGAUGUUGGAGUUCGGUCCAGAACAUUAUCCAUCAUUCAAUUUCAUUGGACACGUUAACUCGGCAACGCGAGACAACACUUCAGUCCACCCAUCGUGGCGGGACGGCCGAGCGAUAAUGAGCUUCGGUACCAACUGGGAAGAUGAAGCACCUGAAACCGAAAAGCACCAGAAGAGGCUCCAACUCGUUGAGAUGAGCAAGCGCUGGACCAAAAUUGCCGGACCAGACGCGGGGACUUAUGUGAAUGAAGCAAAUCCUUUUGAACCUAACUGGCAGAGAGUCUUCUGGGGAUCCAAUUAUGACCGCUUGUUAAAGGUUAAGGAGGCCAGAGAUCCAACGAACCUAUUUGUCUGCAACCGCUGCGUGGGUUCGGACGUGGUAUAUGAAGCGUGA